AGGGGCGUGACUAUAACCGGGAGGGCGGGGAUAGGCAAAUAUUGCCCUAUGGGGGGUUAAUGAGAUUCGGCUACAAGUUGGGGAUUGGGUGUCUCUUUGGGGGCGUGGCUUAUGAAUCCUAGCUUUCCCGCCGACGGUUGGCCACGUCACGUGACAUGGGUCGGAAGAUGGCGUCUCCCACAGACGGGACAGAUUUGGAAGCAUCUUUGCUAAGUUUUGAAAAACUUGACCGUGCCUCACCAGAUCUUUGGCCAGAACAAUUACCAGGUGUUGCUGAAUUUGCAGCUUCCUUCAAAAGUCCUAUUACUAGCUCUCCACCCAAAUGGAUGGCUGAAAUAGAACGGGAUGACAUUGACAUGUUGAAAGAACUGGGAAGUCUCACCACAGCUAAUUUGAUGGAGAAGGUACGAGGUCUACAGAACCUGGCCUAUCAACUGGGGCUGGAUGAGUCCAGAGAGAUGACACGGGGGAAGUUCCUCAACAUUCUAGAGAAGCCCAAGAAGUAGCAGCAGCUUGUGGACAGGUGUCCUGGGGACUCUUCCCUGUGCAGCUCUGACGAUGCACACCUCGCUUUUCCUCGGGAGAGGCCAGAGGCUGUACCUCAGGACUGCCCCUCUGCCUUGCUCCUGGCACUCUGCAUCUCUGAGGAAAUUUGGUGGCAAGAGAAGAAUCUGCUCUACUCAAGGAUCAUUGCAGUUACUCCAUCAGCUUCUUAGCCUGGGAUAUUGGUAACACCAGAGAUCCUAUCAAUCUUAAAGGUCAAAGUCAUGCUUUUUCAUUUCUGGACAAGGUUCAGGAGCCCCAGGAUCUUCUAGUUGAUUUGAUUCCGUGAUGGUAAAGUCACUUGUGACACAUUGAUUGGAUGGGUUCUUUUGAGUUGAACUGGAUCUUUUAGGAAGUAUUUAUGAUAUGAGACAGAGACCAAGUAGGUUCUGGAUCAGACCAUGCAGCCUGACCAUGAACUUUCCAGUAUAUAAUAGGUUCCAAGAUUAUCCAGCUGGAAAAACCAGAGUCUUCUUGAAAUUUUACCUCUGUUUUUUAAAUUCUACACCUUUUGUUAUAGUCCUAUCCUCCAAUGCUGCCCAUUCCCCACCUCCCAGGUCUGACUCUUGGCAAGGGAAUCCCUGAGUAGUGAGUCCCUCCUGGAAUUAGCUUAUGGAGUAAAAAGUCCAUCUAGGUCACAUUAGGAUAUAGACCUCAAGGCCAAUAUGAAGAUGCCAUCAGGACUUUGGAGUUCUAGUUAAUCUGUUACAGAUUUAAGUGAAGGAGUCAGUAUGGCCUGAUAGAUAGGAAAGGGGCAUGAUUUAUGGGGGUUGCCAUUUGAUUGAAAACUAGAAUCCUAAUUAACCUAGUUGGUGCUAUGGGAUAGUGGCAAUGUUUUGUCCACCUUAGCUCCCUCAUGGCAUAUAUGA